AUGUCGGUCAUUCUAUGCACAGCCGGUUACGACCAUACCAUUAGAUUCUGGGAAGCGCUCUCCGGUAUAUGCUCCCGGACUAUCCCGCACCCCGACUCCCAAGUCAACCGCCUUUGCAUCUCGCCCGACAAGCGAUACCUCGCCGCCGCCGGUCACCACACGGUCAAGCUUUACGACAUCAAGUCGACGAAUCCGAACGCGAUCCUUACCUUCGACGGUCACACCUCCAACAUCACCGGUGUCGCGUUCCACUGCGAGUCCAAGUGGCUUGUCACAUCAUCUGAAGAUGGCACGGUCAAGAUCUGGGACACGCGAUCAGGCAACGUCCAGCGCAACUACACUCACGGCGUUCCGGUCAACGAUGUCGUCAUCCAUCCAAACCAGGGAGAGCUCAUCAGCUGCGACCGCGGUGGUAACGUGAGGAUCUGGGACCUGGGAGAGAACAAGUGCUCUCACCAGCUCAUUCCAGAGGAUGAUGUCAGCGUGGCUAGUGUUACGGUUGCAAGCGACGGGAGCAUGGUCUGCGCAGGCAACAACGCCGGCAACGUCUACGUUUGGCGCAUGAUCCAGCGCAGCGAUACCACCUCGAUCCUCCCCAUCUGCAAGUUCGUGGCCCAUACCACCUACAUCACCCGCGUCCUCUUGUCCCCUGAUGUGCGUCAUCUAGCCACCUGCUCCGCCGAUCACACAGCGCGCAUCUGGUCCGUCGAUCCUACCGCACCCCACAACGUCACGCCCACCGACAACCUGCCAGCAGCUAGCGAGCGCGACCCAGCUGCCUUCCCUCUAGAGACUACGCUACAUGGUCAUCAGAGGUGGGUCUGGGAUUGCGCCUUCUCAGCCGAUAGCGCCUACCUCGUUACCAGCUGCUCAGACCACUACGCAAGGCUGUGGGAGCUUGGUAGCCAGAGCAUCAUCAGGCAGUACAACGGACAUCACCGUGGUGCCGUCUGUGUCGCGCUCAAUGACACGGCCGUUGGCAACUAG